GAACUGCAGGAAGGCGCCAAAAUAAGAAAACACACUCCGUGUCGGUGAGUCGCAGACGACAAACAGCCUCAAAUAUCCUCCAAAUGCGUGUUUAUCCGCAGAUUUAUAGAAACUGAGUGAGGGUUUUAAUGAGUGUGGACGUGUUGGUGGUCGUCAUCUCACGAUAGAAGAUGGUUUUACAAAACAGUGGAAGAUAUAAAGCCGAGCGAGGACAAGGCGGAGGAGACCAGGACAACCAGGACGAUGGAUCCGCUCUCAAGCGGCUGGAGCGCAGCCAGUUCACCGACGAGAUGGACGCCCGCUUCGGCUUCGACAGGGUGAAGGAGCCGGGGGAGAAAACAGGCUGGCUGAUCAACAUCCACCCUACCGAGAUCCUGGAUGAGGACAAGAGGAUGAUCAGUGCUGUGGACUUUUAUUUCAUUCAAGAGGAUGGUAAUAGGUUUAAGGUGGCUUUACCUUUCAAGCCAUACUUCUACGUAGCCACUAAAAGGAACUGUGACAGAGAAGUCAUCUCGUACUUGUCCAAGAAGUUCCAAGGAAAGGUGACAAAGCUUGAAACUCUCGCGAAAGAGGACCUCGACCUGCCAAACCAUUUAGUGGGACUGAAGAGAAGCUACAUCAAGCUGUCGUUCAACACCGUGGACGACCUCAUGAAAGUGAAGCGAGAGAUCGCCCCGGCAGUCCGUAAGAACAGAGAGAGGGAACAGUCCAACGACGCCUACACCUCGAUGUUGUCCAGUGCGAUGGCAGGCGGCAGCUUAACCUCCGCGGAUGAAGAGGGGACGUCAAAGAGCAUUUCAGACCAGUUGGACAACAUCGUGGACAUGAGAGAGUACGACGUGCCGUAUCAUGUGCGAGUCUCCAUCGAUCUCAAGAUCCAUGUGGCUCACUGGUACAAUGUUCGCUACAGAGGAAGCGCAUAUCCACCAGAGAUUGUACGGAGAGAUGAUCUUGUGGAGCGACCGGAUCCUGUUGUUUUGGCUUUUGACAUCGAGACGACAAAACUCCCACUGAAAUUUCCAGAUGCAGAGACGGACCAGAUUAUGAUGAUCUCCUACAUGAUAGACGGACAGGGGUUUCUGAUCACAAACCGCGAGAUUGUCUCUGAAAACAUCGAGGAUUUUGAGUUCACGCCCAAACCUGAAUAUGAAGGACCUUUCACUGUUUUCAAUGAAGAUGACGAGGAGGCUCUCAUUAAGAGGUGGUUUGAUCACGUUCAAGAGACGAAGCCAAACAUCUUUGUGACGUACAACGGAGACUUCUUUGAUUGGCCUUUUAUUGAGACUCGAGCGACGCUGCAUGGACUGAACAUGUACAGGGAGAUUGGAUUCCAAAAGGACAACCAGGGAGAGUACAAGUCCAGUCAGGCCAUUCACAUGGACUGCUAUAGGUGGGUAAAGAGAGACAGUUACCUGCCGGUGGGGAGUCAUAACCUGAAGGCAGCAGCAAAGGCUAAACUGGGCUAUGACCCGGUGGAGCUGGACCCAGAGGAGAUGUGCCGCAUGGCUACAGAGGAGUCACAGACUUUAGCAACCUACUCUGUGUCAGAUGCCGUGGCCACGUAUUACCUGUACAUGAAAUAUGUCCAUCCCUUCAUCUUCGCUCUGUGUACGAUCAUCCCCAUGGAGCCUGAUGAGGUGCUGCGUAAAGGUUCUGGGACUCUGUGCGAGGCCUUGCUCAUGGUGCAGGCCUUCCACGCCAACAUCAUCUUCCCCAACAAGCAAGAGCAGGUCUUCAACAAGCUGACGGACGACGGCCACGUCAUGGACUCUGAGACUUACGUCGGUGGCCACGUGGAGGCUCUGGAGUCUGGUGUGUUUCGCAGUGACAUCCCCUGCCGUUUCAAAAUGAACCCAGCUGCCUUUGACUUCCUGCUGCAAAGAGUCGAAAGAACGAUGCGUCAUGCCAUCGAGGAAGAGGAGAAAAUCCCUCUGGAGCAAGUCACAAACUUUAAUGAGGUUUGUGACGAGAUAAAGAAGAAGCUGACUUCUCUGAAGGAGGUGCCAAACAGGAUUGAAUGUCCUCUCAUCUACCAUCUGGACGUUGGGGCAAUGUACCCCAACAUCAUUCUCACCAACCGCCUGCAGCCAUCUGCUAUGGUUGAUGAGGCCACUUGUGCUGCCUGUGACUUUAACAAGCCUGGAGCCACCUGUCAGAGGAGGAUGGCCUGGCAGUGGAGAGGAGAAAUCAUGCCCGCCAGUCGCAGCGAGUUUCACCGCAUCCAGCAGCAACUUGAGUCCGAGAAGUUCCCGCCGUUCUUCCCCAACGGACCACCGCGAGCCUUCCACAAUCUCAACAGAGAGGAGCAGGCCAAGCAUGAGAAGAAGCGUUUGUCAGAAUACUGUAGGAAAGCCUACAAGAAGGUACACGUCACCAGGCUGGAGGAGCGAGUCACCACCAUCUGUCAGAGAGAAAACUCCUUCUAUGUUGAUACCGUGAGAGCUUUCAGAGAUCGGCGUUACGAAUUCAAAGGACUGCACAAGGUGUGGAAAAAGAAGCUGUCGUCAGCUCAGGACAGCAGUGACGCUGCCGAGGUGAAGCGCUGCAAGAACAUGGAGAUCCUGUACGACUCUCUUCAGCUGGCUCACAAGUGUAUUCUCAACUCUUUCUAUGGCUACGUCAUGAGGAAAGGGGCGCGCUGGUACUCCAUGGAGAUGGCGGGCAUUGUGUGCUUCACUGGGGCCAAAAUCAUCACACAAGCCCGAGAGCUUAUCGAACAAAUAGGGAGACCACUUGAGCUGGACACUGAUGGUAUCUGGUGUGUCCUACCCAACACCUUCCCCGAGAACUUCGUGGUGAAGACGAGCAACGAGAAGAAGCCCAAGGUGACCAUCUCCUACCCGGGGGCCAUGCUGAACAUCAUGGUGAAAGAGGGUUUCACCAACGACCAGUACCACGAGCUGGUCGACCCCGCGUCCCUCACUUACGUCACCAGGGCGGAGAACAGCAUCUUCUUCGAGGUGGACGGACCGUACCUGGCGAUGAUCCUGCCCGCCUCUAAAGAGGAAGGAAAGAAGCUGAAGAAAAGGUACGCUGUGUUUAAUGAGGACGGCUCUCUUGCUGAGCUGAAGGGAUUUGAGGUGAAGAGAAGAGGAGAGCUCCAGCUCAUUAAGAUUUUUCAAUCAUCAGUGUUUGAGGCGUUCCUCAAAGGCACCACUCUAGACGAAGUCUAUGAGUCUGUGGCCAAAGUGGCCGACUACUGGCUGGACGUCUUGUACAGCAAGGCUGCCAACAUGCCAGAUGCGGAGCUGUUUGAACUGAUUUCAGAGAAUCGCUCCAUGUCCAAAAGGCUCGAGGACUACGGGGAGCUGAAGUCCACCUCCAUCAGCACGGCGAAGAGACUUGCCGAGUUCCUGGGAGACCAGAUGGUGAAAGACGCCGGUCUGAGCUGUCGCUACGUCAUCUCCCGAAAACCGGAGGGUUCCCCUGUCACAGAAAGAGCCAUUCCCCUGGCCAUCUUCCAGGCAGAGCCCAGUGUGAAGAAACAUUUCCUCCGUAAGUGGCUGAAGACGCCCAGCCUGCAUGACUUGGACAUUCGUUCUAUCCUUGACUGGAGUUAUUACAUAGAGAGGUUGGGUAGCGCCAUUCAGAAAAUCAUAACCAUCCCCGCAGCUCUGCAACAGGUGAAGAACCCAGUUCCCAGAGUGAGGCAUCCUGACUGGCUUCAUAAGAAACUGCUGGAGAAAAAUGACAUUUACAAGCAAAAGAAAAUAAGUGAAUUGUUCAGCAGUGAAGGCAAGAGACAGGUGGCUCGUCAGCCUCUUGAAGCCGGCCAAGCUGCAGACAUAGAGGACUUUGGGAUGCCGGCCAGACCUCUGCAGCCAGCGAUUCUCAUUAGCACCAAGCGGAAGCGAGCUUCUCAAGGCGAUGACAGCCAAGUAGAGUCUCAGGAUCUCGAACUCACUCAGUCCUGGAGGGAGAUCCUGGGGCCACCUCCACCUAUGGGAAAGACACGGGAGGCGCAUCUAGUGUGGCUGCGCUACCAUAAGAAGAAGUGGGAGCUGCAGAUCAGGCAGAGAAAGGAGAGAAGGAAGAAGAGGAGGCUUUUGGACGGCGAAGCCCAGUCUGUAGGUGGAGGUGUGAUCAGAGAUGGCCCCACCACCGGCCUCGGAAGCUUCCUGCGUAAAACAGCGCGGAGCAUCCUGGACAUGCCAUGGCAAAUUGUGCAGAUUGCAGAGACGAGUCACCCUGGUUUGUAUAAACUGUGGGCUGUGAUUGGAAAUGACCUCCACUGCAUGAAGCUCAACAUCCCACGCGUCUUCUACGUCAAUCAGAAAGUCCCGAAACAAGAGGAGGGAGCCACGUACAAAAAGGUGAACCGCCUGCUGCCUCGCUCCAACGUGGUGUACUACCUCUACAAGUACUGUGUACCAGAGGACAUGUACCAGGAGCACAUCAAUCAGAUCAACGCAGACCUCUCUGCUCCAGACAUUGAAGGAGUCUAUGAAACACAGGUCCCCUUGCUGUUCCGUGCACUGGUGCAGCUUGGAUGUGUGUGUAUGGUCAACAAACAUGUUGUGAGGGAUCUGGGCGGCAGGGAGGCUGACACGUUUGACCUGGAACAUCUGGAGAUGAGAUCUCUGGCCCAGUUUAGCUACCUAGAACCUGGGAGCGUUCGCCACAUGUACUUGUAUCAUCACAGCCAGGGUCACAAGGCUCUGUUUGGUCUCUUCAUCCCCUCUCAGCGCAAAGCUAGCAUCUUUGUCCUGGACACAGUCAGAAGCAACCAGAUGCCAAACCUGAGUAACCUCUACACAGCCGAACGCACUGCCCUCCUGGAGAAGACGACGGAGGAGCUUCUGCCUCCAGAGAAACACAACUUUGAAGUCCGAGCUGAAAAUGACGCAAAGGCUAUCUAUCGUGCACUACAGCGCGUUCUGCUAAGUUACAAGGACGAGCGUCGCGGUCCCACUCUCAUCGCUGUGCAGUCAAACUGGGAGCUGCGUCGGUUGGCGGCGGGGAUGCCCGUGCUUGAGGAGUUUCCAGUUGUUCCAGUACAUGUGGCCGACGAGAUCAGUUACAACGUGCUAGACUGGCAAAGGCUCGGUGCCCGGCGCAUGAUCCGCCACUACCUCAACCUGGACAGCUGCCUGUCACAGGCCUUCGACAUGGCCAGGUAUUACCACUUACCUGUGGGAAACCUGCCUCAGGAUGUGUCCAUCUUUGGCUCGGACUUGUUCCUGGCGAGACAUCUUCGGAAACACAACCACCUGUUGUGGCUCUCACCCACGGCCAGACCUGACCUCGGGGGAAAGGAAGCUGAUGACAGUCGCCUGGUCAUGGAAAGCGAUGACCGGGGCUCUGUGGAGAUUAACGCUCAAGGAUGCUACUCCACUGUGUGUGUGGAGCUGGACCUGCAGAGCCUGGCAGUGAACACCAUCCUGCAGUCGCACCAUGUCAAUGACAUGGAGGGCGGAGCCAGUGUGGGCGUCAGUUUUGACGUGAUCCAGCAAGCCUCGCUGGAGGACAUGAUGUCAGGAAAUCAGGGAGCAAGCGCCGUCGCUAGUUAUGAUGAGACGGCACUUUGCUCCAACACCUUCAGAAUCCUGAAGAGCAUGGUGGUGGGAUGGGUCAGGGAGAUCACGCAGUACCACAACGUGUACGCAGACAACCAGGUGAUGCACUUCUACCGCUGGCUGCGCUCCCCGAGCUCUCUGCUCUUUGACCCUGCGCUGCACCGCACCCUGCUCAACAUGAUGAAGAAGGUGUUUCUACAGCUCGUAGCAGAGUUCAAACGUCUUGGUUCAACUGUGGUGUACGGAAACUUCAACAGGAUCAUCCUGUGCACGAAAAAACGGAGGAUCGACGAUGCAAUCGGAUAUGUGGAAUACAUCACUAACAGCAUCCACUCCAGAGAAAUCUUCCACUCGUUGUCUCUGUCCUUCUCCCGAUGCUGGGAGUUCCUGCUGUGGAUGGACCCGGCCAACCACGGUGGUGUGAAGGGAAAACUGCCCUCCAACGUCCUGUAUGGAGAGGAAAGUGCCAAACAGAAGAAAAACAACGGAGGGGAGGGUGAUGAGGACGGCAGCGAGGAUGAGGACGAAGAGGAAGCGGAAGCCGAGGAACAAGAGGAGACGGAUGAGGUGGAGGAGCUGAUUGAGAGCAACUGGAACAUCAUGCAGUAUCUGCCCCAAACGGCCUCCUGUCAGAAAUACUUCCUCAUGAUUGUGUCGGCCUACAUUGCAGCAGUCUACCACAGCAUGAGAGAGGAGCUGAGACGCAACACUCCUGGAGCGACGCCAGUCAAGAGGCGAGGAGGCAGCCAGGCUUCCCAGCAGGCAGUGGGAGACCUGAGUGCUCUUCCUGGAUUGAUCUCCUUCUCCCAGGAGUACGUGUCCAGUGAGCUGACGCACAACCUUUUCACCAUCACUCAAAAAAUCCAGAAGAAGGUGACGGGUACCAGAGGCGUGAGCCAGCCCUCAGAGAUGUUCCCCGUCCUGCCUGGAUCCCACCUGCUACUCAAAAACCCCGCACUGGAGUUUAUUAAAUAUGUCUGCCAGGUUUUCUCACUGGACGCCAACAUAGUAAACCAGGUGAACAAGCUAAAGAGAGACCUGCUGCGUCUCGUUGACGUUGGAGAAUUCUCGGAGGAAGCUCAGUUCCACGACCCCUGCAACUCUUACGUCCUACCCGAGGUCAUCUGCCACCAGUGCAACUUCUGUCGCGACCUUGACCUCUGCAAGGACCCAUCUGUUGCACAGGAUGGGUCCGUCUUGCCUCAGUGGUUUUGCUCCAACUGUCAGGCUCAGUAUGAGACUGAGUCUAUUGAGAUGGCUCUGGUAGAAGCUCUGCAGAAGAAGCUGAUGAGCUACUCACUGCAGGACCUGGUGUGUAACAAGUGUAAAGGGGUUAAAGAAGCAAACAUGCCCCUCUACUGCAGAUGUGCUGGAGACUUUGACCUCUCUUUCUCAGCCAAGAGCUUCUCUGAGCAGAUCGCAGUGUUUCGGAACAUAGCGUCCCACUACAACAUGAGCUUCCUGGAGGAGACCAUUGACUGGCUGCUUGAGAUGAGUCCACACGUGAGCCAGAGCGCUCACUCGAUGUGACGUGUGCCAUUAAGUCUUUUCAGUCUGGAAAACUCUUAACGCUGAGACUGUCACUUGACACUUUUCCACUUGACGCACUUGUGUCUGUUACAGCGCUGUUUGAUUGUAGCUGACAGAGACACAAUAUGAACUGUAAAUAUCUUUUACUUCCUGAUGAUGUCGUAAAAAAGUGAAGUAUUAAAUGCAGCUGUUAAUAAAUAUUUUUUCCCAAG